ACGUAAACAUCACGUUAAAGUGUCUCUUAACAAUAAAAAUAAAUAUAAGUCUAUUAAAACAAAUUGAUAGGACAUUUUAUAAAUUUAUCAUCAUAUUUUAAAUAAUAAACAAUAAUUAUAACUAAUAAUAAUUAUUUAAAAGUUUUUUAUUAAUAAUACAAGUAAUUAAUAAUAAAUAUACUUGUCGCGUGGUUUUCUUUGUGUGUAGACAGAAUAGAAAAAAAAAAAUAAGAAAAAAAAAUUCCCGUGACGUGAGGUGGCAUCUUGUCUUCUGAUUGGUCGAAUAAAUAAUAAGAAAGAUAAAAUUUAUUUUAGUGUUUGUAUUUACUACAUCUGCUGGGUUUAAUGUUCUUAUAAAUGUGAAGUAUCAUACACAUAUAUAUUCAUAUAUAUAGAUAUAUAUUUUAUUAUAUAUGUCUAGUGAUUGAUCGUGUCUUUUCCUCUCAUUUUUAAUGCAAUAAUAUACCUAUACAAGUAUAGAUAUUUUUAUAUAUGUAUAUAUAUGUAUACAUAUAUAUGUAAAUAAUUGAUGUUAUUAAUAAAUAAGACACGCGUUUUGUUUUUUUUUGUCUAUUUAGUGCAAAUAAACAAUCGGGGAAGUGGAAAUUGAAAAAUAAAUUAAUUUUUUUAAAACUUGAGUUUGAAAAAAUAAUUGAGUGAAUAAAAAUAAGAAUUUAAAAAAAGUUUAUGUAAAAGUUAUUAAAAGUGAUUGUCAAGACAAAAAUAGAUAAAUAUUGUUUUUGUUUUCGUCAUGGUCGUGAUUAAUAAAAAUAUUUGUGUAAAAAAAUAAUAAUAAUAAUAAUUGAAAGUAAUUCUUACAAUUAUGUGAUAGUUGGGUUUAGUUAUUUUAUGGAUUUAUUGUUAUUUAAAUUAUUGUAACUGACGUUUUUGUUUUUCUAACCUAAUUUCUUUAAAUAUUUCAUCAUUUUAUGUAAAGAAAAAAAAACAGAAAUAAAAAUGGGUGACAAUUAUCAAGAAUUCAUACUGAGUGACCUGAAUCCCUCAAAUCAGAUGGACAAUUCGAUAAAACAAGAACCCAAUGGAUUAGAAAUAACAACAACGGCAUCAGUACCAAUACCUGGUAGUCAUCGUGGCGCCCGGGGAAUUUAUGACCAAUUUUCACCUUCACCUCUGACAUUACCGUCAAUGUGGGGCUCCAGAAUAGACACCGACGACUACUCAAUAGACCCAGAGCAACUGGGAAUAACAUUCAAAAUGGAAGAUGAUGAUAUAUUCCAAGUUGACAAAGCCGACCUAAUCCAAGGCCCUACACUGGCUGAAUUGAAUGCCAACGAUGAUAUUUUACUCGGUGAUUUGAAUUUUGAUGACUUAUUGCUACCUGAAGAACGACUGCAGCCGCUGUCACCACAGACAGUCGUUCCUCAACCAGUAACAAUAGCGCCGGCACCUAUUCCCAUUGCUUCUCAUGUUGGAGUAUCAAGUGGCAUCAGCGGUUUUGCUGCCAGUUACCCCAGUAGCACAGUAACAUUCAAACCAACCACAACUUACUCGACUAAUUUUAUUGGAAACUUUGAUAACGAUGUUGUUUAUGUCAGUCCAAGUACCAGCAACAUUGCCGAAUCAAUGGACUCGUGCUACGAAAUUGGAAGUUCAACAGCAAGUUCAUCAACGUCACCACACAUGAUUCCUGGUGGUAUAAAUGCUACUGCUGAUAAUAAUUUAACAAUAAAUAAUAAAUCAAUAACUGUUGGACAAACAUCAACACUACACGAGUUGUUGAUGAGAAAAGUUGAUAAUAAUACAGUAAGUCCAAUAAAACGAGUGGAUCCUAUUCCAAUGGACAUUGGCAGCAGUAGUAAAAUAAAAGUAUCGAGAUUAUCAACAUCAGCGCCAACACAAAGUCUUGGAUUAGAACAAAUAUGGGCUAGACGUGAACCCCGACGUCAUUUGUUGAGUACAUCAAGUAUUGGGGUCGCAGAAGCUGAGUCGACUAGUAGUUUGAGUACCGGAGGUGCACUGAGUCCCGAUCCACAGGUUGAUCCACUUGGACAAUUGGAUCCGCUUAGUCACGAUGAAGGCUACGAGGACAGUGAUGAUGAUAGCGAUCACUACGAUGACUACAGCAGUGAUAAUGACUCUGGGAGCGAUGGCGAGGAUCACAACAGUAUUAGAAUGAUGCGAGAUCCAACAACUUCAUCAGGAUCAUCAAAAUUAUCUAAGAAAGAAAAAUAUUUUUGGCAGUAUAAUGUGCAAGCCAAGGGACCUAAAGGACAACGUCUGAUAGCACACAAACGAUUAGUGGACCCACAUGUUCUCAAUCAAGCAACAGAUCCAGUUUUCAGUCCAAGUUGUUCUUUGCGCGGCAUAAAACAUUCUGGUAAAGCACGCAAAGGUGACGGUAAUGACUUGACACCAAAUCCACGUAAAUUGUGUAUUAUUGGCAAAGAAUUGGAUAAAUUGUCACGUGUUAUAAAUGAUAUGACACCAGUAUCUGAAUUGCCAUUUCCUGCUAGGCCUAAAACACGUAAAGAAAAAAAUAAGUUGGCGUCACGUGCUUGCCGUUUGAAAAAAAAAGCACAACAUGAAGCCAAUAAAAUAAAAUUACACGGUCUUGAAGUUGAACACAAACGUCUUAUUAAUGGGAUUUCACAAAUGAAAUCAAUAUUGGCGGCUAAAUUAACGGAAUCGAGUCCUGAUAACCAGGAAGAGUUGACACGACAAAUAGACAAAAUUUGCAAAUUUGCUACAAAGGUACGUAUCGCAAACCAUUCGACUGAAUUUGUUAACAAAGUUUUGGAUAAAAUGAAGUCUGGGGUUCCGGACGGUGGCAUCGACGACUUUUAGUUAUAAAUAAUAUCCUGGGUCAUCACUGUAAUCAUCGGCAACAAUUAUGAUUACGACAAAAAUUGCCUAUUCUUAGUUUACAUUUUUUUUUAAUCAAAAUUUAAAAAAACUAUAUUUUUAUCGUGUGUAAGAAGAAAAAUCGUCUAUUCUUGAAGUAAAAAAAUCAAUAAUAAUUAUAAAAUAUCAAUGAUUAUUAAAAAGUAAUAGUUAUUAAUGAAAUACAUUAAGAAGUAAUAAGUACAUUAUGUUAAUAACAAUAACAAUAGUUGGCUAACUUGGUCUACCUCAGAGAAAACGCUAUACCUGCAUAAUUAUUUUUAAACUAUAAUAAUAAUAACGAUUAAUAUUAAUAUCGUAGUAUAUAUAUGCUUGAUGAAAAAAAAAUAAAUAUAUAUAUUUAUACAUAUUAAAUAUAUAUACUAUUUUUUUUUAUAAAUAGAUUUUAAGAAAAUAAUAUUUUACUUUAAUAACAUAUUUAAACGAAUAUAUAUUCAGUAACCAUUAAAGCUCUGGUAGCUUUUUAAUUAAUGAGCGUCUAAUUAUACAUUUAUCAUAAUUAUUAUUUGUUUUUUUUAAUUUCGAAAUCUUAUAAUUACAGUAGUGUUUGAAAGGAGUAAAUUAUAUAUUUCGUGGGGUAGUUAUGGUAUUCAGGAAAAAUAUUAUAAUCACUUUAUAAUUAAUUUAUAUGAUAGCUAUUAAGGAAAAAAAAUCAAAGUUAAUCGAUGUAUAAAUUAUAUCUGACUAUAUGUGAUUAUAUGAUCACAUAUGAUCAGCUAUAAUUAUAUAUCACUAAAAAUAAUCAUAAUAUUGUCACACAUGUGACUGAAUAUGAAUAAAUAUGAUCAUAUAUGGUAACAAAUGUUGAUAUAUUGUCAUAUAUGAUCACAUAUGCCAUAUGUUUAUAUAUGGUUAUGUGUAGCUUAAUAUUAUCAUAUAUGAUAAUAAAUAGUUGUAUAUUGCUAUAUAUGAUUGUAUAUGACCAAAUAUGAUUAUACAUGGCCUUAACUAUAAUUAUCAAUACUCAUCUAGUAGUUUACAUGACCACAUAUGAUCAUAUGAGUAUUUGAUCAUAUAUGAGUAGGGUCAUAUAUAAUUAUAUAGGUCAUAUAUGAUUAUAAAUAAUUAUGUGUAGCUCAUACUUAUCAUUUAUAAUCACAUACGAUCAUAUAUGGUCAUAUAUGACCAUUUUCUUGUAUUUGAUCAGAUAUAAAUAUUUUAUCUGAUUUGAUUUAUGAUCGAUUUUGUUGUUAUUGAAAAUUCGUAUGAUAAAAUUAAUAAUUAGUAUAUUAGAAUGCAUAAUCAAUAUUAUUAAGUGGUUAUGAUAUUUUUCCAUCUGAGAGAAUUAAAAAUUAUAUGACGAGAGUUGAUUAUUAAAUUUAAAAUUUUAAAAUUUUUUAUUAAAUAUUUAUAACGUAAACGAUGCUGGUUUAUAUUGAUAUUAUGCUUUAAAAAAAUUAUUAUAAUUAUUAUCGUUGAAAAGAAUAUAAUCAUUAUAAUU